AUGAAUGUCACUGGCGGAUCUGCAGAGGAUAUAAAUGUCAAAGUCAGCAAAGCGAGAAAAGCUUUCGGUGAAUUAAAAAAGUAUGGUCUGGAUUCAAAUCUCAAGCUCAACAAAACUGAAAAUCUAUCCAUCAUGUGUUAUUGUCAUGCUCUAUGGUUACAAAACUUGGUUACAGAAAUACGUAUACCAGUUCCUUGGGGAUACGUGGCAGGACGUUGGUAUGGUGAUGAUUUAAAGCAACCAAUUUUAGCUCUUCAUGGCUGGCUCGACAACUGUGGUACGUUUGCUAAAUUGGCCCCAAUGUUAGUACCUUAUAGAAGUAUAUUAUGUAUUGACUUUCCUGGACAUGGUCUAUCGUCUCAUUUGCCUCAAGGAAUGCAAUAUCAUAUUAAGGACUACGUGCAUUUGAUAACAAGAAUUAUGAAAAUUUACAACUGGGAUAAGAUAACAUUAAUGGGACACUCAAUGGGAGGUUAUACUGCGUUCUACUUUACAUGUCUUUAUCCAGAUCGCGUUGAUGGUCUCAUUUGUCUUGAUGUCCUAAGGGCAUCAAUUUACAGUCCAGAAGAAAUGAUACCUUAUAUGCACUAUGUCAUUGAGAAAGCAGUUAUUGGUACAAAAGAAAAACAUCCAAUAUUAGAGAAAAUCGAACCUCGCAGUUACACUUUUGAAGAAUUUGAGCAACGCCUUUAUGAAGGAUCGUUGCGUUCAAUUUGGUUGGAAAAUUGUAAAUAUAUACUUGAAAGAAAUUUAAGUAAAUCGAAACUGAACUCUAAUAAAUACUACUUAUCCCGUGAUAUCCGUGUUAGUUAUAUGCACCCAUUUGAAUUUUCCGAGGAGAUGAACAGAGAAAUGGCGAUGCGUAUAUGCAAUAUAUCACUACCUUUGCUUCGUUAUAUUGCUGAUAACAGUUCAUAUAUAUUACCUAAUCCAACAGAAAUUGACGAAAUAUUAAAAGCCAAUAAUCCUAAUUUUUUCACAUUUACCAUAUGUGGUGGAACACAUCACAUGCAUUUAAAUAAUCCUGAAGAAGUUGCUAAGAUAAUAAUAGAAUUUUUGAAAAAGUAUUUUACACAUAAGGGAAAAUUAUAGUAUCACAACAACUUGUAAAGCUGAUUCAAUCAGUUAUCAUUUUGAGAAUUAUUUUAAAUUAUUUUUCAU